CUAGGCCCAUCGCACCGUGAGGCUCCAUAAAGAGUGACCAUUUUCCUGACGGGCACGUUUCCUUCGUUUUCUCAAUUAUCGGCGUCUGAGUUUCUGAAUUGGAGAUCUCUCUCGCCCACAACCAUGGAGAGCACGGGAAAUUUAGACGCCAAAAUAGAGCAAUUGUUGAAUGUAGAGAAGCAGAUGAGACUCGCCGGCGACGUUUCCGGCACUAAAAAAGCCGUCACUGACAUUUUGCAGCUGUGCUUUGAAGCACGAGCCUGGAAAACUCUCAAUGACCAGAUUAUUGUCUUGUCGAAACGACGCGGUCAGCUUAAGCAGGCUGUAACAGCUAUGGUCCAGCAGGCCAUGCAGUAUAUUGAUGAGACACCAGACCUUGAUACUCGUAUAGAACUCAUCAAAACUUUAAAUAGUGUGUCUGCUGGGAAGAUAUAUGUUGAGAUUGAGAGAGCUAGGCUGAUAAAGAAACUUGCAAAGAUUAAGGAACAACAAGGGCAUAUAGCUGAAGCUGCUGAUUUGAUGCAAGAAGUUGCGGUGGAAACUUUUGGUGCCAUGGCAAAAACUGAGAAAAUUGCUUUCAUUCUUGAGCAAGUUCGUUUGUGCCUAGAUCGCCAAGAUUAUGUUCGUGCUCAAAUACUUUCAAGAAAGAUUAGUCCAAGAGUAUUUGAUGCAGAUGCAUCUAAGGAGAAGAAAAAACCUAAAGAAGGUGAUAAUGUGGUUGAGGAGCCUGCUGAAGAUAUACCCUCACUGUUGGAAUUGAAGCGGAUUUACUAUGAAUUAAUGAUUCGGUAUUAUUCUCAUAACAACGAUUACCUUGAGAUUUGCCGAUGCUAUAAGUCCAUAUAUGAGAUUCCAUCUGUCAAAGAAAAUCCAACCCAGUGGAUACCAAUCCUGAGGAAAAUAUGUUGGUACUUAGUUCUAGCCCCAUAUGAUCCAAUGCAAUCCAGCCUUCUCAAUUCCACCUUGGAAGAUAAAAAUCUUUCUGAAAUUGCAAAUUUCAAGUUGUUGUUGAAACAGCUUGUCACCAUGGAGGUCAUCCAAUGGACAGGUCUUUGGGAUGCAUAUAAGAAUGAGUUUGAGAAUGAGAAGAACUUGCUUGGAGGAUACUUGGGAGACAAAGCAGCAGAAGAUCUGAGGGAAAGAAUUAUAGAACAUAACAUUCUUGUUGUGUCAAAGUACUAUUCAAGGAUCACUUUGAAGAGACUUGCAGAGCUUUUGUGUCUCAGCAUCCAGGAGGCUGAGAAGCAUCUCUCUGACAUGGUUGUAUCCAAGGCACUGGUGGCAAAGAUCGACAGACCUAUGGGAAUAGUUUGUUUCCAAAGUGCAAAGGAUAGCAAUGACAUUCUAAACUCCUGGUCAGCAAACUUGGAGAAAUUGCUUGAUCUUGUGGAGAAGAGCUGUCAUCAAAUACAUAAAGAAACCAUGGUGCAUAAGUCUGCAUUGAAGGUUUAAAAAGGUUGUUCCAUAACAAAUGUGAUUUUGGAUUGAAGUUGCAUGAUCAGGAUGAUCCUUUGAAUUGCCCUAGGUGGGGUUGGUGAGGAAUAGCAUUGAUCGAAAGUUCCUUUAUCAUUUUAUUUUGUCUCAGGCGUUCAGGGUAGAGUUGGAUAGAUGCUUUUUUAGUACUGAAAAGUAACAUUGUUGUAUACUACUGAUACAUAUUUUACCACUGACUAAUGGCAGGAUCCUUAACGGGCUUCUUUGUAGCAGUGGGGAAAAAAUUGAGUGCCUUCAUUUA